AUGCCGAUGCUAGCAGGAAAGCCCAUCAGCCAGAACGGCCUCGGUCUAAUGCGGCUGACCUGGAAAGAUGAUGUAACACCAGAUGAAAAGGCAUUCAAAAUCCUCAAAGCCGCUUUGGCAGCUGGUGUCAAUGUCUGGAACGGGGCUGAUUUCUACGGAACCCCGGACCAAAACACGCUUCAUUUGAUGAAUCGCUACUUCACCGCGUACCCCGAAGACGCAGAAAAGGUUGUCUUGACCAUUAAGAGCGGCAUAGUGGAUAUGCGAACUUUUCGACUCGAUUGCUCGCCGGUCAGUGUACGGAACUUUGUGGACCGCGCCAACGAAAUCCUCGACGGUAAAAAGAAUAUCGACAUCUUUGGUUGCGGUCGGGUGGAUAAAAAUGUACCUAUUGAGGAUACUGUGGGUGCUCUGGCAGACUUAGUCAGAGAAGGAAAGAUUGGCGGUAUUCAGUUGAGCGAGGUCGGCUCUGAUACCAUUCGGCGCGCGGCAAAAGUGGCCAAGAUCGAUAUGGUCGAGGCGGAGAUUAGUCUGUGGGCGACUGAUGUACUUGAGAAUGGUGUUGCGGAAACAUGCGCUGAGCUGGGGAUCACUAUGGUUGCCCACACGCCUCUCGGCGCGGGUAUGCUCACAGGCCAAAUCAGGAGCCUUGAUGAUAUGCCAGCUAAUGACCAUCAUCGAUUCUUUCCACGUUUCCAGCCCGGGAAUUUUGAUACGAACUUGAAGCUAGUUGAUAAGAUCAAAGAGAUGGCAGAUGAUAAGGGGUGCACGGCUCCUCAAUUAUCACUGUCUUGGAUCAAGGCUCAAAGUCGUCAGCCUAAUAUGCCCGUAUUUGUUCCCGUUCCCGGUGCAAGGUCGGAAAGCAGAGCCUUGGAAAAUGCAGUGGAUAUCGACUUGUCAGAUCAUGAUCUCAAGGAGAUCAGGUCAAUUUUGGAUAACUUCCCCGUCGCCGGCCAUAGAUAUCCUCCAGCUGCUGCUCAGCUUACUGAGUACUAG